UCACUUAACAGUCUUAUGCUUGAUUAUCCCCUAGAAUGGUUACCUUAUGCGUACACACUGGAAAUUUUAGGAUCUUGUCUUGGAGGUGCUUCUGUGAUUACAUUAGUGGUUUGGCUUUGGUAUUUGGGUAAAUCCAAAACAAACAGAUGCAUUAUUAGAUUCCUGAAAUUAUUGGCAAUUCUUUUACAAGCAUUUGCUGGUAUGACAACAAUCUGUGGAAUUACAAUAGUUAUUUUCAAAGCGAAAUAUUCUCGUUUACUCUGGGCCACCUGGUUAUGUUUGACCGGAGCUUUACUUUUCUUUGUUGGAUUAACCAUAACAUGGAAAUUUCCGAAACUUAAUAUCCACUGGAGAUCGGAGCCUGAACUUGCCAGUGAAAUAUCCAACGCUACACCAUUAUCCACAAUGUCUCGUGAAUUCAAUGAACCCCCCCCUCCAUAUCAUGUUGCUGUCAGUCAGAAUCCUGACAUCGCUACAAAGCAAACAUCAGGCAGCAGGAGUUAUGUAGAAAUUUCAAAACCUAUUUAUAUAUGACAGUAAUUAUAUAA